AUGUCUAACACUUGCUUGAAUUCUCACUUCAUUUAGAGCGUUUUAUUUCUCCUAUCAGAAAGCGACUGUAGUUCAACCUUUUUAGUUUUAUAUUCCUAUUGA